UGUGGUGACCUUUCUUCUAUUCCAUUCAUUUUCUCACUCUUUCUUUAUGGAACAAUUAUUACCAAACACCAAACCAAACAUGUUAGAACAACAUGAGAACCUUCUUUCAUCUCAUCUUAAUGCUAGAAUCCAAGGAUCAGGAACAGAAACUAUAGUUUUUGCUCAUGGUUAUGGAACAGACCAAUCAAUAUGGGACAAAAUCACACCUUAUUUUAGUGAAAAAUCCUACAAAAUUGUUCUUUUUGAUUGGGCCUUUUCUGCUUGUGUCAAAGAUGAAAAUCUUUAUGACCCUUUGAAGUAUUGUUCAUUAGAAGCUUUUGCAGAUGAUUUAAUCAGUUUGUUGGAUGAAAUGGAGCUUAAAGAUGUUACCUUUGUUGGUCAUUCUAUGUCUGGUAUGAUUGGUUGCUUAGCUUCCAUUAAAAGACCUCAACUUUUCAAGAGGCUUGUUCUUCUUUGUGCUUCCCCAAGAUAUAUAAAUACAGAUGACUAUGAGGGAGGAUUUGCAAGCUCAGAUAUUGAGAAUUUAUUUGAGAACAUAGAAUCAAACUAUGAAAACUGGAUUUUUGCUUUCUCCUUGAAUGUAGUGGAUCCAAAUGAUGAAUCAUCAGUGAACAAAUUCAGAGAGUCAUUAAAAAGAAUGAAAAAUGAAGUUUCAUUGUCCUUAGCCAAGACAGUGUUUUGCAGUGACUAUAGAAAUAUUCUUGAGAAAGUUGAAACACCAUGCACAAUAAUUCAAACCUCAAGUGACAUGGCAGUUCCAUAUAGUGUAGCACUUUAUAUGGAGAAGAAAAUUAAAGGGAAAGUUACAUUGGAGGUGAUUGAUACUUUUGGACAUUUUCCUCAGUUAACUGCUCCACUUCAACUUGUUGAUGUUCUUAAGGGUGUUUUAGGGUUUGAGAUUAGCCAUGUCUAGUAUUGUAUGAUUAGUAGGGUUAUUUUCAAUUUCAUUUCUUUUGUAAACAUUUGAUUUUACUUGUUUGUAAAAUUGAUAAGUGUAGGAUGGUUUCUUUAGUAAUGUUGUGGAAAUAGUAUGUUUGGUAUAUCUAUUAAUAAUUUAUUGUGUGUAUUUUUCAAUUAGUUAUGUUGAUUAGUGAUGUUAAUUAAUGUGAGGAAUUGUCUACUUUUUAAAAUUA